AUGACGCAGGACUUUGCUGCGUAUGAGGAGGAGUACAAGAGGCUGUUGGACCCCAACGAGCCCCUCGAUAGCCGCAUCCGGGAAUUGUACCGGCUGAAGCAAUCCAUCUUUCGGACCCCCGCCGGCGUCCACGUGCUUGCGAAGGCCAUUGACACAACCGACUCGGUACUUCUGCAACAUGAACUGGUGUACAACAUUGGCCAAUGUGGCCUGGAGGAGGCCUGCCCCAUUCUUGAGCGAGUCAUCCAUGCAACAGACGUGUACGACACCGUCACCCGGCACGAGGCGGUUGAGUCGCUUGGCGCAAUUGCAUCCUCCUCAAGUAAGCCCAUUCUGGAAAGGUACAUGGACCCCGCGCAUGAACCCCACAAGGCUAUUCGAGAUUCAUGUGAGUUGGCGUUGGAGCGUAUUCGCAUCCGCGAGUUACGUGGUGAUGCGGCGUUGAAGCUGCCUUGCAAUUGCCCGUAUGUUUCCGUCGAUCCUGCCCCUGCAUUCUGCGACGCGAACACCGACGGUCCAGUACCAUUCACUGUCGAAGAACUUGAACGUCUGCUGUGCGAUACGACCGGUGCCACCUCACUCUGGCGCCGCUAUCAGGCGAUGUUCUCCCUCCGUAACAUGGGUACAGAGGCGGCGGUGAUGGCCCUCACGCGGGCACUGCGUGGGGACACAGUGAGUGCGCUGCUGCGACACGAGGUUGCCUUUGUCCUUGGCCAAAUGGAGCACCCUUCGAGCCAGGCGGCACUCAUAGAGGCGCUGAAGGACGAGACGGAGGCGCCGAUGGUGCGGCACGAGGCGGCAGAGGCGUUGGGCGCCAUCGCUGAUCCCAAAGCGCUGGAGACACUUGCGAAUUAUGCCGAGCACAAGGAGCAAAUCGUGCGUGACAGCUGCGUUGUGGCGAUUGAGAUGCACAAGUACUGGUCGCGGUUCAGGCAACAUGGCGAGGCGGCUGCCUGA